CUUUCUCUGCCUCACUUAUUUCACUCAGCCUAACACCCUCCAGUUCCAUCCACGUUGCUGCAAAUGGCAGGAUUUUCUCAUUUUUAAUGCCUCUUGAUGAUUUCACGAGAGGUGUAGAAUGCACGAUGAACGGUAGAGAGCAUUCCGGCCACCUAUCUGCUGGCAAACCACGGCCAGCCGUGGCUCACAACAGUGACUUGUUAUUAACUCUUGUGGCUCCGGGGGCUGACUUGGCUCAGCUGAGCGGCUCUGGUGCACGUGCAGUCAGAGGGCGGCAGGUACCCGAGUCCUGCGAAGGCUCCGGGGGGCUGGCUGGUGUCGGGGACCCCAGCCGAGCUCCCCGCCAGGCUGCUUCCGGCCCCUCCUCGCACGGUCUCGGCCGGGGUCCCAGAGGAGGCCUGCACCCCGGCCGUGGGGGGCCUGCCUUUCUGUGACUCGGCCUCCAAAAUCCCCGAUCACUACCCACGCUGGAUGCUAGCGGUCAGGCCACUGGCCAAGGGCAAUGCAGGUUCAAGAAGACGGAAAUUAGAUUGUACCUUUGGACGCACGAGCGGCACUCCCAUUUGGGGAGGAAAGGAAGUGAAAGUGGCCUCUUCCAGGGCCAUCCCAGGGAGGGAACACAGCACCGACCCACAGGUGCCCAGGUCAGCGGGGUCUCACCACGCCAGCACCCCGCCACCCCAAACAAGACCCGGAUGUGCUCCCCACAAACGCUGCAGAUGACUACGCUGUGACCUGCACCCUGGGCCUCGGGGACUGCUCAGCAGGAGUUGAGUCAGCGAGGGCCACGGGCCUUCCCAGCGGUUGAAGGGGCAUCGGCUUUUCCGGCCACGCGCCCACCAGCAGACGUCAGUCACCUGAGUGUCAAACACCUUCUGACACUAACCUCCAAGCUGAAAGCCCGUCAGACCCUCUGUCAUCCUCUAAGGAAACAGUACAAACUGUGAGGAAGGCGACUGGACUGAGAAACAUUCUCUACACGACUGUGGCUUGAAAUCGUUGACAUUUUGACGAUUCUAUACGUUUUAUGAUUUAAGAAGCGGUUUCUUCAUGAUUAUCGGCAUUUGCCGAGUCCCUGGUUUCCCUUUGAACUUCUUCUUCCUUAAGGGAGCCAGUGUGGGUUCUCGGCCGUGGCUGCCUGGCCGGGGCCUCACUUUGGUGCUGUAGUCGAGGGUCCGGGGAGGCCCUCUCAGGCCCCAGGGCUGCCGGCCGGCAGUUAGCGUGCAGCAAACAGCCUCACCUCAGAGUCUAAAGCGAUUCCUACGGCUGCGAUGUUCAUUCACCAAACCACACCCGGAAUGUGUCCCGAACGGACUUGUCACAUUCGCCGCCAAACUUCUCGGACUGGAGGGUCGUGUAUAGAAAAUGCAUCCCUGCAGGCCGCAUUUCUUGCUUUCACGCAGCUCGCCGUGUCGGUGCAGGUGAGCGGCCCGAUUUAAAUCUGGGGGAGAUCACGUAAGGCUGAGACCUCCCAGGGUUUUCGACCCGGGCAGGCUCUGGAGAGAUCAAGGCAGAGUGGGCCGAGCCUCCUAAGGGUGACCUAUGCUAUGGAUUUGCUUUGAAAUACAGAAGGACUGUGGAGGCACAGGACACAGCAGGCACGUGCGGGCCAGCGGCCCCAGGGUAGCGGCCUCAGCCGUGGGGCCGUGGAAUGGAAGGGCGCCAGGCCCGCGGCUGACUCUGCCCAUCCGUGUCUCCCUGGGGGGUGGGAGAGGAGCGCGAGGGGAGGGGGUCGAGCCUGGGGAGGCUUUGUGCCACCUCUGCCUCCGCGCGUUCCACUUCUGAAAGGUGGCCUGCCAGUCGGCCACAGGUGUCCCUGCCCCCCAGGUAGGGCGCUGUGACCGAGCCCCUGCUCUGUGGCUGCUUCCCUGUGUGACCGCACCGUUCAGCUUUUCUCCACUUGCUACCACACACGGCCAUUGCAGGGGAGGUUAGCAGAGACAGAGAGCAGGACACACAGGGACCCAGUUCCCCAGGGCGCCUGGGGCCCCCAGCAGGCGGCCCUUCCAGCAGCUUCCACCUCCGGCAAGGGGCAGGAGCGCGAAGGGCAAAGGGCGGAGGGAUGGGCAGGAAGAAGAGCGGGGAGGCGGUCCCUUUUCUCUCCACCCAGCCCCCGCCUGUCACAGGGACAGAGGGAAGUCACUUGGAGGCGGGCCUCUCGAGCAGCAGGGGACAGGGCACCUGCCUCAGUGGGAAUCUUAAGCUCUGCCACAGACACCACCUCGGGACUCAGGGAGGAGAGAUCCUUAUUCAAAAGGACUAUUGUAAGGCUGGGCCAACGGGUCCCUGCGACAUAAGGUCUGUGAGUGGCUCGGAAUGAACCAGAAAACGUUCUUGUUCCGCAGGGUGAGGGGAAGGAGGAGAAGAAGCAGGCGGUUUGGGGGGGAGGCUGGACACAGGGAAGGGCCGGUCCUGCCAGGGCGAGCGACCGCCGUGGCCAGCCGGGUCCCGGGAGGAGCGCCGAGGGGACAGAGUGCAGGGGUGCGCAGGAGGCUGAAGCCUGACUGACGGGCGUGGACACCGCGCAGGGUGGGCGCCCAGCGGUCGGGGGCGCCCGGCGAGCUCAGCGAGCGGAGGACCGACAGCGCCGGCCGGUCUGGCCUCGGGUCGCGUUGGUCUCUGGGUCCCGUCGCUCUAAGACCUUUGGUACUUCCUGGGCCUCGACUUGCAGCGACACACCCUACGAAGAUCUGGAGUACGGUCCCAGAAUUCCUUCUCCAUUUCUUUUUCUUUUUGCUGUUUUUAAGCUGCUCACGCCUAAACAUGAAUCCCCCGGGCGAGUCCUCGGUUACUACGUCGAACCGCAGGGCGCUCCCACCUGUCACCUGCCGUCUCACAAAGGGCCCAGGCCCAGGGCUUAAGGACUUGCGUGUUGGACCCAAACUCGCCGAGAGCCCCGUCUGCUUCGGCACUGUUCCAACUGCUCCACGGGGACGGCCGCCGAUGCUUCUGGGGACCCGCCGAGGCCGCUACCUGACUGGGGAUGGGACCGGGGUGUGGAGAGGGCCAGUGGCCUACCCGUGGGGGCACAGGUUUGGGGGGAAGGCGGGCACAGGGGCUCCAGGGGCCGCCUCACGGAACACAGUCUCAGGCGCCCUUUCCCAAACAUUUCUACGGCCCCCCGGGCAGUUUGCAAAGCGCCCUGGUUCACGGGCAGUAAACGGGCACAGGAGGGGGAAGGCGCGAGGGCGAACCACAAGCGGCCACACGUGGAAAAGCAGCUCAAAGGCACCCUGAGGAGCACCCAGCUCGGCUCCGCGGCUGGCGUGAGCUGCUCCCGGGGUCAUGUGACCGCUCGAUCACCUACGGGCCGUACACGGUUAACCUUCUGCAUUUGGGCACAUAGGCGUCACUCUUCAGUAGGAAGUGGUCGCAGUUCAGCAACUCGCUCUCGGCCACUUUUGGUCUCUCCCUGUUUUUUUUCUGCACGACCAGUAGAAACUGCAUCGGGUCAACAGCGUCCCGGUGCUGACGCGAAGCAUCCCCGGGGGCCUCGGGCAGGACAAUUCCCGUCGGAUCCCAGCGCUUCUCAGACUCACUUCUCUACUGUCUCCGCUGGUGAGCCGGAGGGGCUGGACGCCCACCCCCUUCCGUACCAGGCCCGUAUUUUCCGCCGAAAACAAGAGCGCGAUGAACGGGGAACCGAUGAACAUCAGCGACGUCUUCGGUCUGAGUGAGGAUUACUUUGGGUCGGGUAAUAAUAGCUCGGAUUACUCACUCGAUGACAACACGUUACUGUGCUCCCUGCAGGAGGUCAGAACGUUCUCUGGGCUGUUUGUGCCCAUCGCUUACUCCCUGAUCUGCGUCUUUGGCCUCCUGGGCAAUGUUUUGGUGGUGGUCACCUUUGCUUUCUACAAGAAAGCCAAGUCUAUGACAGACGUGUACCUCUUGAACAUGGCCAUCGCCGACAUACUUUUUGUCCUCACCCUCCCGUUCUGGGCCGUCAGCCACGCCACCGGCGAGUGGAUCUUCAGCAACGCCAUGUGCAAGCUGAUGAAGGGCAUCUACGCCAUCAACUUCAACUGCGGGAUGCUGCUCCUGACCUGCGUCAGCAUGGACCGCUACAUUGCCAUCGUCCAGGCCACCAAGUCCUUCAGGCUGCGGUCCAGGACGCUGGCGCACCGCAGGGCCAUCUGCUUCGUGGUCUGGGUGGCUUCCGUCCUCAUCUCCAGCUGGACGUUCACGUUCAACCAGAAGUACGAUGUGCACGGCAGCCACGUGUGCGAGCCCCGGUACCAGGCGGUCUCGGACCCCAUCAAGUGGAAGCUGCUGAUGCUGGGGCUCCAGCUCCUCUUCGGCUUCUUCAUCCCGCUGGUGUUUAUGAUCUUUUGCUACAUGUUCAUCGUCAAAACCCUGGUGCAGGCUCAGAACUCCAAGCGGCACAAGGCCAUCCGCGUGAUCAUUGCGGUGGUGCUGGUGUUCCUGGCUUGCCAGAUCCCCCACAACAUGGUGCUCCUGGUGACGGCCGCGCAGCUGGGCAGGAUGAACCGCUCCUGCCAGGGCGCCAGGCUGCUGGGCUACAGCCAGAACGUCACCGAGGUCCUGGCCUUCCUGCACUGCUGUCUCAACCCCGUGCUCUACGCCUUCAUCGGCCAGAAGUUUCGGAGCUACUUCCUGAAGAUCGUGAAGGACCUGUGGUGUGUGCGGAGGAAGCAGAAGGCGUCGGGCUUCUCCUGCUCCAGGCUGCACUCGGAGGCCUUCACCUCCAGGCAGAACAGCGAGACCGCGGACAACGACAACGCGUCGUCGUUCACCAUGUGACCGGCCCGGGGCCGCGGCCUCCCCCCCCCCCCCGGCGGCUCGGGGAACGUGCACUUGGACCGGGACCCCGUCCCCCCGUGGGACCGGCCGCGGGGGUCUCAUCCUGACGGGGCUGCCGGGGCCCCCACGUGGCGUGUCCCCACUUUUCUUCCCCGCAGCCCCGAGCCCCCCGGGGCUCCCCACGGCUGGCGUUCCCCAAAGCAGAGAGGACUCUUGGCAGACGUGGACGUUUUCGGAAGCAGGCGCGUAACCGCCCCUUAGAGCACGGUGUCUCCUGGUCACUUCACACACGUGCAGGGUUUGCAGAGAACGUCACACGAGAGCCUCACACGAGGCAGCACAGGCAGGUGCCGAAAUGCGUUCCCCGGGCUGGAGAAGCGGCCUGGGGGACGGGAGAGAGCGGGUCGCAACGCGCCGUCGGGAGAGCAAACGUUUGCUUUAUUUCCCUGGGAAAACGGUCACUGCAGAUACGACAAUUCUCCUCCAAAGAUCUGUUCGACAGAGUUCCACGAAGACGCAUGCCAUCGGCACACUUUCAGCCCACGGAGGGGCUUAAUAAAUACUUGUCACACAAAGCGUAGUGAAAUUGGGGGUUGGAGUACAGUCGGGAGUGUUAGGUGUUUAAAUCUGAGUUUUAGAAUGGAGCAAGGAAGCUUCCUGAGACAGUACACAGAGAACUUUUGCUGCGCGUCCACAGCGGGUCAGAAGCGGCACACACACAGGGGGAUUUGGGUAGGAAGCGCUUUACGCUGGUGGCAAACAGGGAGGGAGGGAGGGAGAGAGAGAGAGAGAGAGAGAGAGAGAGAGAGAGAAUCUUAAGCAGGCUCCACAGUCAGUGCAGAGCCUGAUGCGGGGCUCGAUCCCGCGAACUGUGAGAUCAUGACCUGAGCUGAAACCAAGAGUUGGACGCGUAACCGACUGAGCCGCCCAGGCGCCCCAGUCAUGGAACCAGACUUUAACAGCGCUCCUCAGCUUUGCAGACAAAGUUCCUAGACCGCAAGUUUUGAAAGUGCUUUGUAAAUAUAUGAACGCGAGUGGAAGAAGGACGAAUAUUACAAAAAUGCAGGUAGUGUUACAAAGACACUGACGUGUUUAAUCCUGACUCACGUGUUAUUUGAAACUUUCUACUGUUCUUACAAGCUUCAACCGCAUCUUUCUAUGAAAUUCGAAGUGAUAGCUUAGGAUCCAACGUCUGUAUGUUUACAGAUAGUUUUGGCUUUGCAAAAUAAAACUAUUUUGCACGGGAAGUAGGAUUCGUCUUCCAGGAUCGGUGUUCUGACUUGGGAGACUGUGGUGUUCAGAGGUCCCACCUCCUUCGAACCUGUCAGCGUUCGACUCCAGAAAUCAAAGCACGGGGACAUUACUCAGAUGCCCCUCUCAGGACGGCCGAUGCGCCGAGCGGGUCUCUGCAGCUCGGCGUGUGUCCCCGGCUGGCACAGAAGCACCGUGUCUGCUGGGCACAGCCGGAAUAAGUUCUUGUGUAUAAUUUUUCAGAUAAGCUUACUUCUUUAUGCAUUAGCCCGUUUAAAACUUCAGCCAUAAUGAAUAAAAACGUUUCUAAAAUAUGA